AUGGAGGGUACCGCAAACUUGGUAGUGUAUCGCAACGGUAAAAUAAUACGCAAUACUCAUGAGGGAGUGAGGUUUGUCUGCCAGAAUCCAUUUUCGUUUGUGGUUCCAUGCACCAUGACGUUAAUGGAGCUUCAGAACGGUCUCUGUCAAAGUAUGGAGAACGGUACGUUAAUGAGAGUGAGCAGAAUUUUGUACUGGAAUCCAGUGAUAGUUCUUGGUGGUCUAAUACAAUUUGAUACCAUGCCAAUCACUGACGAAGGGAGUAUGCAGAAUAUGUUUCAAAUUUAUCGGCAGACUCAGAUGCGACAACCACAGAUUGAGCUAUAUGUUGAGUUUGAAAGCGUAGAGACAGAAAGGAUUCAAAAUGUUUUAGAUAUAGAGGAUGAUAGAGCUGCAGUGUACGUGGGAAUAGAUAGUGACAGCGAAGAGGAUUUUGAAGCCACUUAUGAAGCCGGCGAUGAAGACGAGGAUGGUGAUGUGGGAGUUGAGACAGCAACGGAGAAUAUAGUGGUUCAUCCCUCGAGCAGUCAACUCAUGAACGUGCCACCAUUCAUGCGUGAGUUGGAUCUCGACGCCAUGCAUGCACCGGAAUUUUCGGAAUAUGCAAACAUAGGCAUUGCUGUUCCUGAGGAUGGAGAGUUCCAGAUUGGAAUGGAAUACAGUUCCAGAAAGUCGGUGGUGGCUGCAAUUAGAAGAUACACUAUCGUUAGAGGAGUUGACUACGAUGUUUAUGAGUCUGAGCCACAGACCUUCUAUGCAAAAUGCAAGAUCUAUGGGCGUGGGUGCGACUGGCUUAUCCGAGCCAGCUUGAUACGGAAAAAAGAUUGUUGGGAGAUACGCAGAUACAAUGGAAGGCACACGUGCACAAUGGGAACGAUUUCACAGGAUCACUCCAAGUUGGACUCGGAUACCGUUACUGAUAGUAUAAUGCCGUUAGUCGAGACUGACCCGUCAAUCAAGGUGAAAUCUAUAAUAGCGGAAAUCCAGUCAAGGUUCAACUAUACCAUCAGUUACCGAAAGGCUUGGUUGGCAAAGCAAAAGUCCAUAGCGAAAGUUUUCGGUGGUUGGGAGGAUUCUUACCAAGCCUUGCUGAUAAACCCCAUUUUGAGGGCCUAUCUUGUGUCGAUUUCAGGGAAGAUACCCGGGUCAGUUGUGCAAAUAGAAACACGCCCACUGUACAACGGGAAUGAGGAGGCGCAAGGUGUAAAAAUACUUCAUCGCGUAUUUUGGAGCUUCAAUCCAUGCGUUAGGGCAUUUAGGCAUUGCAAGCCUCUAGUUCAGGAGGAUGGCACACACCUAUACGGAAAAUACAAAGGAACACUCCUGGUCGCUGUUGCACAAGAUGGGAACCAGAACAUUGUGCCUAUAGCUUUUGCGCUGGUGGAAGGGGAGACAGCUGAUGUGUGGCACUUCUUUUUCAGAAAUCUGCAAAUGCAUGUUGUCAGAAAAGAUGGUGUGGGUAUGAUUUCAGAUCGGCAUGAGUCAAUUCGGGCAGUAGUAAAUCGUUCCGGAAGUAACUGGCAACCUCCAAGAGCAUGGUGGAUGUUUUGUAUAAGGCACAUCGACAGCAACUUCCUAAGAGUAUUCAAAGUCCCUCACUUGCAGAAGCUUGUUGUCAACAUUGGGUAUUCAAGAACGGUGGAGGAGUACAACAUCAACUAUAAGAGGUUGGAAGAGUGA